AUGGCAUCAAAGUUCCAGGAGACGUCUCAUUUCGAGCGAGACAGCCCGCCAGGCUCGAUCCAUGGUGCUGGGGGUGAUGCGCCGGCUAGAAAUAGCGAUGAUGGAUCAUCAGUCGACCAUGUUCAGGAGAAGCCGGCAGCGGCAGUGCCUCUGACGAAAAGGCAAAAAGUCAAGCGGCACUGUGGCCGAUUCAAGUGGUGGUAUCUGGGUGUUGGCCUCAUCAUCCUCAUCAUCUUACUACCACUCAUAUUCACAAAAAUCAUACCAGCAAUCACGCAAGAUAUUGUGAAUAGUCAGAAGCUCCCUAUCAAAACUGGUGUGUUACAAGUUGUGUCGCCAACGCAGCUCUAUGUGACAUUAGAAACGGAGCUCGAUACACCACUGGCAGCAACCCUUGAUCCUGCAACUCUGUUCGUCUACAAUAAGGAUACGGCUGAUUACUCGCCAUUCAUCAACAUUACUUUGCCUAAAAUUCAUGCAAAUCACAAAACCCCAGUCACAGUCACAAAUCAGACAGUCUCGGUGACCAAUCACACUGAACUUGUGAAGUGGUUUGACCGAAUAUUUGAUCAGCCCGAAACAGACCUGACUGUGAAAGGCAAGGCAACGGUUCGCCUAGGAGCGCUACACAUGCAAUCGAACAUUGACAAGACAAUCAAAAUAUCGUCUCUCAACGGCUUAGAUGGAUUUAGUAUCGCCAGCUUGCGGCUCAUAUACCCAGCUAUGGAGGAUGGUACAAACAUCAAGGGAACUCUGAACUUGCCUAAUGCGGGUAUAAUCACGCUCGGACUGGGGAAUCUCACGUUUGAUCUAUUCUCAGGCGACAUUAAACUUGGUUAUAUUGACAUCUACGAUGUCACAUUACCCCAUGGAAACAACACACGAGCCUUCACCGGCCAGCUCUAUCUCAACGAGCUGGUACCCAACCUGGGCGCAAUCCUGGACAGCCAGUCAAAAGCACUCGCUGAUGGUAACAUUCAGCUAAGGACUACUGGUAAUGCAACCAGGGUCAAUGGGGUACGCAUUCCCUACAUAGAAGAAGUGCUCAACAACAAAAAUUUGAUAGCAACUGUGCCAGUUAUCAAACUGGUAAGUGAUGUCAUCAGUAGCUUCUCUGGCAACAACGUUUCUCUUUCCGAACUGCUGGGCGAUACAGUCGGCAACUCGACAUUCAUUGAAGGUCUUCUAGGCCACUGGAACUCAACUUCAACAAACACAAAUGGCACUGCAUUGCCAAUGAAACUUGGCCGCUCAACGCCACAUGGAUCACGCACGAUUAAAGCGCCAGCAACGAAGAGCUUACUAAAGAUGGGCUUGAAGUUGGCGCUGGCAAAGCUCUAG